CACACACACACACACACUUUGCGGCUGCCCCGCUGAGUCUUGUUAGUCUCCCUCCUCUCCCCCGUACCGCGCGCAGAUUCGGCUCCUUUUGCGUUGGAUUUCUGAAGGAAUCGCUAGAUCUGGGGUAGGAGGGGAAUUUGGGGGUCUUCUCUUUCCGGUAGCUGCUGCUGCACCCCAGCAGUAAUGGAGGCGAGUGCGGGUCUGGUCGCGGGUUCUCACAACAGGAACGAGCUCGUCGUCAUCCGCCGCGAGGGCGAAUCCGGCCCGCGGCCUCUGCAGCAGCUGAGCGGCCAAAUCUGCCAGAUUUGCGGGGAUGACGUGGGUCUCACUGUGGACGGGGAGCUGUUCGUGGCCUGCAACGAAUGCGCCUUCCCAAUCUGCCGCACAUGCUACGAGUACGAGCGGCGGGAGGGGAACCAGGUCUGCCCCCAGUGCAAGACCCGCUUCAAGCGCCUCAAGGGGUGCGCUCGAGUCCCCGGAGACGAGGAAGAGGACGGCAUCGAUGAUCUGGAGAACGAGUUCAACUUCAUGGGCAAGGAUAAGCAGGACAAUCAGCUUGAGUCCAUGCUGCAGGGCCACAUGAGCUACGGCCGCGGAGGUGAUGUUGACAUGCCUCAUAUGGUUCACACCAUGCCUCAAGUCCCUCUCCUCACCAAUGGCCAGAUGAUUGACGAUAUUCCGCCGGAGCAGCAUGCUCUCGUCCCUUCUUUCAUGGGUGGUGGGGGAAAGAGGAUCCACCCACUUCCCUUCGCAGAUCCCAAUCUUCCAGUUCAACCCAGAUCUAUGGAUCCUUCAAAGGACUUGGCUGCUUACGGCUAUGGAAGUGUGGCCUGGAAGGAGAGGAUGGAGAGCUGGAAGCAGAAGCAGGAGAAAUUGCACCAGAUGCGGAAUGACAAUGGUGGUAAAGAUUGGGAUAAUGAUGGCGAUGGCCCAGAUCUUCCACUAAUGGAUGAAGCUAGACAGCCACUGUCGAGAAAGUUGCCACUUCCUUCCAGUCAGAUCAACCCUUAUCGGAUGAUUAUCAUAAUCCGGCUGGUUGUUCUUGGAUUCUUCUUUCAUUACCGAAUAACACAUCCUGUGUCUGAUGCAUUCGCGUUAUGGCUCAUUUCUGUCAUCUGUGAAAUCUGGUUUGCCAUUUCAUGGAUUCUAGAUCAGUUCCCAAAGUGGCUUCCAAUUGAAAGGGAAACUUAUCUUGACCGAUUAUCAUUAAGGUAUGAGAAAGAGGGCCAGCCUUCUCAACUGGCUCCGGUUGACAUAUAUGUUAGUACAGUGGAUCCAUUGAAGGAACCUCCUUUGGUCACAGCAAACACUGUUCUCUCCAUUCUCGCUGUCGAUUAUCCAGUUGAGAAGGUGUCCUGCUAUGUUUCUGAUGAUGGUGCUGCAAUGCUAACUUUUGAAGCUUUGUCAGAAACAUCUGAAUUUGCAAAGAAAUGGGUCCCCUUCUGCAAGAAAUUCAACAUUGAGCCCCGAGCACCCGAGUGGUACUUCCAGCAAAAGAUAGAUUACCUCAAGGACAAAGUCCAAGCAUCCUUUAUCAAGGAAAGGAGAGCAAUGAAGAGAGAAUACGAGGAGUUUAAGGUCAGAAUCAAUGCUUUGGUCGCAAAGGCUCAGAAGGUUCCUGAAGAAGGAUGGACGAUGCAGGAUGGAACUCCAUGGCCUGGAAAUAAUGUCCGCGACCAUCCUGGAAUGAUUCAGGUCUUUUUGGGUCAAAGUGGCGGGCAUGAUGAGGAUGGAAAUGAACUACCGCGCUUAGUUUAUGUCUCGAGAGAGAAAAGGCCAGGCUUCAAUCAUCACAAGAAGGCCGGUGCCAUGAAUGCUUUGGUCCGGGUCUCUGCUGUACUCACUAAUGCACCAUAUCUGUUAAACUUGGAUUGUGACCAUUACUUCAACAAUAGCAAAGCUUUAAGAGAAGCAAUGUGCUUCAUGAUGGACCCACUGGUGGGGAAGAAAGUAUGUUAUGUGCAAUUCCCUCAGAGGUUCGACGGUAUUGAUCGCCACGAUCGAUAUGCUAACAGGAACAUAGUGUUUUUCGAUAUCAACAUGAAAGGUUUGGAUGGGAUUCAAGGGCCAAUCUAUGUCGGUACUGGAUGUGUGUUCAGAAGACAGGCACUUUAUGGUUAUGACGCUCCAAAAACGAAGAAACCACCAUCUAGGACUUGCAACUGCUGGCCAAAGUGGUGCUGCUGUUCCUGGUGUUGUGGUGGGAAGAAGAAGAAGAAGACCACAAAAUCUAAACAGGAAAAGAAAAAGAAAUUCUUCAGGAGAGGAGAUAAUGUAGCACCUGUGUUUGCUCUUGAGGGAAUUGAAGAGGGUGUUGAAGGAAUUGAGAAGGAGAAAUCUGCUGUAAUUUCUGAGCAAAAGCUAGAGAAGAAGUUUGGGCAGUCUCCUGUUUUUGUUGCAUCAACACUUCUUGAGAAUGGCGGAACUCUGAAAAGUGCUAGCCCAGCAUCACUGUUAAAGGAGGCUAUCCAUGUCAUCAGUUGCGGCUAUGAAGACAAGACAGACUGGGGCAAGGAGGUUGGGUGGAUCUACGGGUCAGUUACAGAAGAUAUAUUGACAGGUUUCAAGAUGCAUUGCCAUGGGUGGCGGUCAAUCUACUGCAUCCCAGCAAGGCCAGCGUUCAAGGGGUCUGCUCCUCUUAAUCUUUCCGAUCGUCUCCACCAGGUCCUCCGGUGGGCACUCGGAUCUGUGGAAAUUUUCUUAAGCAGGCACUGCCCUCUCUGGUAUGGAUAUGGUAGUGGGUUAAAAUGGCUGGAACGUUUGUCCUACAUAAAUGCCACCGUUUAUCCUUGGACGUCAAUCCCACUUCUGGCUUACUGCACAUUGCCUGCUGUUUGCUUACUCACUGGGAAAUUUAUCACUCCAGAGCUUAACAAUGUUGCCAGUCUGUGGUUCUUGUCACUCUUCAUCUGCAUUUUUGCUACGAGCAUACUGGAGAUGAGGUGGAGCGGCAUCGGCAUCGACGAUUGGUGGAGAAAUGAGCAGUUUUGGGUUAUUGGGGGUGUUUCGUCACAUCUCUUUGCUGUGUUCCAAGGGCUUUUGAAGGUUCUUGCUGGUAUUGACACCAACUUCACUGUGACAACAAAGGCUGGAGAUGAUGAAGCGUUCUCAGAGCUGUACACUUUCAAAUGGACGACUUUGCUUAUCCCUCCCACCACAUUGCUCAUCCUAAACUUCAUUGGUGUGGUAGCUGGAGUCUCUAACGCGAUCAACAAUGGUUACGAGUCAUGGGGGCCUUUAUUUGGGAAGCUCUUCUUCUCAUUCUGGGUGAUCGUCCAUCUCUAUCCGUUCCUCAAAGGUCUUGUUGGUCGGCAGAACAGAACACCCACGAUUGUCGUUGUCUGGUCCAUUCUGCUUGCCUCCAUCUUCUCCCUGUUGUGGGUCCGGAUUGAUCCCUUCCUUCCCAAGAAUGAUGGCCCUCUUCUCGAGGAGUGUGGAUUGGACUGCAACUAAAGCACGCACAAUGGCGUUCGGAUAUACAGGAGUCGUGAACAUUCCGUGCGAAGGUAGAUAACGUUUGAAGAUUUUCCCAUGUAAGUGACUCGGUUCUGCACUCAGUUGUAGAUAGAAAACACCGGUUGUGGUGCAUUCUUUUUUGUUUUUCACUAUAUUGUGGCUCCAUCUCUCAUCUCUGAUCAUCGGAUUGGGGGUUGGGGGAUGAGUUUGUGUAGUUUGUUCGUGGAAGCUAGGCUGUUGCAGCAGUGCUCCUUUAGAAUUCUUUAUUAGUUGGAGGAAAACUGGAGAGAAACAAGUCCGACGUCGGUCAUGUACUAUUGCAUCUAUACUUUUGAUUCUUCACAAUAAGGCCAAGCUUGCAUGUCUAUGUGGACAUGAGGAAGGUGCAAGUGUUACUGUUAUUAAAUUAUUUGUACGUGUCCACUGUC